UGAGUCGGGCCGGGGUGUAGGUGGGAGUGUAUAUGAAAGAGUGCGUGUUCGGGGUGAAGAUGCAAUGCCACAGCGGAAGACAACGAGCUUGAAGUGAAGAAGAACAGCAAAAGUCAUUUCAUGUCGAGGGCACACACUGCAAUAGAACUACAGCCUUUUUAUACAGACAUGGCUCGCGGAGAUACCACUACACGAACGUAUCGCGAUGAUGAAAGCGAUGCUGUCAGUCAAAUGUCUAGUCCGAUGAGUCUUGAGGAACUAGAGCUUCAAAGGCAAGCACAUCGACGUACUACAUCGCAGCGCUGGUGGAACAGACUAAACUGCUGCGGUUUGCUAUCUCGACGACCUGGAGAGACUGAAGCCCAUCGAAGACAACGCAAGAGACGCUGUUGUCUUUGGUUCGGAAUCGUUGCUGUUACUUUGACGAUCUUCGGUGCUAUUGCUGGAGGUGUUUACAUCACCUUUGUCUCCAUUCUGCUAAAGCGACUCGCUCCUUCCCCCAGGAACAGUGGCCUACAGCACAUUGUCGAUACCUGGAAAGAGCCAGAUUCCGGUAAAGCAUUCCAAUUCGACUGGAGAGAUGACUUCAGCCGUGAUAUCGUACCGAAAAGCUGCCACUCCCACAACGACUACUGGCGCUCUGUUCCCCUCUAUGCUGCCCUCGCCGCGGGAUGUACCAGCAUCGAAGCCGAUAUCUGGCUAACAGAAGAUGGCGAACUGCGAGUCAGUCACUCAUGGGAGUCUACGACCAGCGACCGAACGUUGAGGAGCUUAUACAUUGACCCACUGCUCAACAUCCUCUCCCAGCGAAAUGCAACAACAGCAGACGAACCAGACAAGAAAACAGGUGUUUUCGACAUGGACCCAAGCGCAACCACCGUCCUGCUCAUAGACUUCAAAUCCGACCCGGAAGCAACAUGGCCAAUCCUCCUCUCACAACUCGCUCUCCUCCGCUCCAAGAACUGGCUAACAUACUACAACGGAUCAACCAUCCGCAAAGGCCCCCUCACCAUCGUCGGCACGGGGAAUGCUCCUUUCAAUUUCAUUCAGUCUAUGACAAACCGGUACAUCUUCUUCGACGCACCACUCCUCUCCGUCUCAGAUGCAAAGUACAACACCACAAAUUCUUACUACGCGUCUGCUGCCAUGAGCGACGCAGUAGGCAAGCUCUGGUUCGCAAGUAUGUCGUCAAAACAGGUUGGAACAGUUCAGCAGCAAGUUGAAGCAGCGGGUGCGAAGGGGUUGGAGGGUCGGUACUGGGGUACUCCGAACUGGCCGAUUGGAAGGAGGGAUAAGGUUUGGGAGGUGUUGAUUGGACUGGGUAUUGGGGUGCUGAAUGUAGAUGAUUUGGCCAGUGCGACAAUGUGGAAUUGGGGGUUUUGUGUUGUGGCUGGUAUUGCGCUCUGUGGGAAUAGCUAGAUAAGUCUGUCGUUAUGCUUGCAUCAUUGAUGCAGCUCAUAAAUAGGUCCGUGUAUAGUUUGAAGAUCUCUGAAGAGCAUCCGGGAUGCUUGUGCAAUGCUAUGCUCAUCCAAUGUCCAAGUGUUGGCUGGCUCGUUUGUGUCGGUUCUUGCGAUGCUCAGUGCUGUUUGCCGCGAUCAGCACAACGUCAUGGCCAUGUUGAUCAAUGGCUGAAACUCGGGUUACGUGCGGCU